AUGGUGCUGAGACUCUUUGUGCCGCCUGGUGAAGGGCAACAUCGCCUUAUUCCCAAACGCCCUGAUCCCAUCGGUGCGAAUGCAACUCCUCAGUAUGCCGUUAUUUCCUCGACCGUCCUCGCCGCCGCGUAUACGUCCUUCGCCUCGAGAUAUGCACAGAGUGUGACGCCUACGAGGCCGAUGUCGAGGCCGGCGGUGUUCAUACGGGCUUCGGCACGCCUGGGUGUUUGGGCAGGCGUGGCUGGAGCGACGCUGAACUGGUAUUACUACUCUGCCUUUGCGGAUGUGGUUGUGUCGAAGAACGUACCCGAGGUCAAACCCUGGAAGCUGUAUGAGCGGACGGAGAAAUAUACCGUUGACGAUGGUGCUCUGGCAGGUGUGGCUUUGGGGCUGGCUGUCUCGGUGCCUUCGCUGUUUAUGCGCCGGCCUGCUAUACCUAGGUGGACGCGCUGCUUAGGCAUGACGAAUAUCGGCGCUUGCGCAGGUGUGCUGGGAGCGCAUGCAUAUUUUCAGUACACUGGAGAGAGGCAGGAGGCUUAUAAACACUUUGGUCGACAUGUCAAGCGACGGUCACUCGAGUUCUGGAGCAUUUUCUGGGACCCGGAGCUCAUGGCGAGCCUCGACCCCAUCAUGCAGCAAUACGUUCGACACAACAGCCUCUGGUACACACAGUGGCUGCCACAGGAGGCCUUUGAGCGAGCAGAACAGGACGUGGAACUCCGAGACAGCAGCGAUGAGCACACGAAGGUUCUCGCAGCACGUAUCGAGCAGCAGCCACCGUUUUACAUCACGCCCGUCGACUAUGCCGAAGACCUGCGACGCAUCAACAUAGAAAGCACGCUGGCUAGCAUGGAAGCCAUGGAAGCGGACAAGAGAGAACUACUCCAGGAAGCUGAGUACCUGAUGCAUAUCAAUGCACAGCAGAAAUACGAGUACUGCCACAUGAACCCCACGGACGAUGAUGAACGUCAAACCCGCCUCCAGCAAAUCCACCUCGUCGACGUAGCAUAUAACCGUCUCCGCGCCACGGCCCACGAAAUCGACGUCAAGCUCACACACUGGCGCAUGUCCCUCAGACAUAAAGCCAUCUGGGAAGCAGGCCAAACCACCGCGACAGGGACGGAUAGACCUGCCGACUGGGUACCCGAGCCCCAAUACGUAUCAUCCGCGACCGGAGCCAUGGCCCCCGCCACACACAAACCGACAUACUCAAUAGGCGAGAUAGAAAAGAUGCAUUGGCAGAUCUCCGCAGAGGUCAAGACGUUUGAGGAUGGUUGGAAAGAUGAUAGACAUCCGAGGGAUAAGAGGGAGAGGUGGAAGAAGGAUGCGGAGGAUGGGAGGAAGAUUUUGAGGGCGGCGGAUGCUGUAUUGUUUACGUUGCUGAGGGCGAGGGAGAGAGUUGAUGGACGACGUGGUGGGAUCGUGGAAGCGGGGGUGGAUAAGGAGAUGGUGGUGGAACAGAAAGAGGCAGAGGAGGGACGCGAGAGGAGAGAUGGUAUUGUUCCGGCAACGGCAGAAGUGGCGGAGUUACAAGAAGGUCCUCUGCUUACUAAAAAACAGGUUGAGAAGUCGAGCGUGCAUGGAGUGCAAGCGACGAAAGUAUCUGCUGGGGCUUUGGAUAAAGAUAAGUCGUGA